AUGAGCAUUCAGCUGAUCUUGGCCGUAUGGCAUAGCUUUGGAAUGUUUGGCAAAGUUUUGAAGGUCAGUUCGGAAAACAUGCCGGCAGAGAUGCAUGACCUCUUCCUGCGGUAUAAAGAGCUCAAGAAACAGAUCAAGAUGAUACCCAUCAAUAAAGAUACAGCUGCUGGUGAGAAGCAGGCGAGCGUCUCUCCAGAAGGCAGCGCCACCGGAAGCGGCAGCACCGGGGCGGCCAUCACGGCGACGGUGCUGUCCCCCGAGGAACAGGCGUUCAUCGCGACCCUGAAUGAGGCACUAUGUGACGAGCUGGCCGCUGCCGCAGCGGCGGCGGGGCUGUAUCUCCCCGCGGCCCUCACCAACGCGGCCACGGUCCUCUUCGAGCAUGAGAACGAGACGACAACAACCAUAAUAUCGGCGACAACAUGUCUACGGAGCCCGUACGAUACGGCUCUCCAGGGGGGGACGGCGUCCGGGGUCGCGGCCGGGCCAUCUCCAGCUGCGACAUCGACGCAGCGGCAGCUCGGGGAGGCGGAGCCGGCGCGGCAGCCGCGAGAGACGGCACCACAUUCGGAUGGUACUGCAGGUGGUACUGCGCUGCGGGAUGUGGUGGACGUCAUCCCGCGGGAUGCCGGCGAGCCUGUAAUAAGGCUUGCAGGGCUGGUCGCGUCACCGUCAGACCAAGAGCGGCAGCAGCCUGGGUGUCAACCUAGUCACCCUCACCAACACCAACAUCAGCACCGCAGUCCGCAUCGCCAUCAUCACCACACUCAUCACAAUACGGGGACGUCGUCCUCUUCCUCGCCGCAUUUCUCGGCGCUGCAAGAGGUCAAAUCUCGGUUGGUGCAAUUUCACGGCGAAAUGGUGUUGCUGCUGCACUGGAGCCUGCUUAAUUAUGCAGCCGUUGUUAAGAUUCUCAAAAAACACGACAAGCGUACGGGUGUACUGCUGCGGGCGCCGUACCUGGCCAACGUACUCCAGCAGCCCUUCUCCUCAACGACCAUCAUGAGCCGUCUGGCCAAACGCGCGGAAGAGCUCGUAGUGGCCACUACGCAGCUCUCUCCAGUCGGGGCCGGCUCCGCCAGGCUGCAGGCCGCCGCCGCCGCCGCUGGCGGAGCAGCCGUGGCCGCAGACACUUCAACGGCGUUGCCGUCGGCGGAUAAGUCCAGUGUGCCCAGUGACAUGUCAGCCGUACAGGACGCACAUGUCGCCACGGCCGCCGUGGGACCGGCGGCGGCGGCGGCGGAAGCGGCGCCGUCAGGCCGCGGCACCACGUCGGCGUCAGACGCCUCGACCCUGACGAUCGCAGCGGACCGUGAAGGCGGCGGCGGCUUUGGGGACGUCAGCGGUCAUUCGCAGCCCCUAGUGGGGAGCACCAUGCAUGCCUUGGAAACGUGGGCAAACCUCAAGAAGAAUGCCAUCACACCGUCCACCGUGCUGGCUGAGGUUACAUUGCAGCACGCAGCAGAUGCCGGCGGUGUGGAGGCGAGCGGAGUCCUAGGGGAUCAAACCAGGAAGGUUCCCAGGCGCGACAAUGAGACCGACCGCAAGGUUGAAGAAUAA